AUGCAUGCCAACGCUGCCUGCCUACCCCCACCGCUGCCGGCACCACCGGCCUACCGCUGCCACCUCCCUAAUGCUGCUCUCUGCCACCUGCCUGUCCCCGCCGCCUGCCUGCUGCCGCCGCCUGCUAUAUCCUUGCACCACCCGCGGCCCUUACCUGCCGUGGCCUGCCUGCCAGCCACUGCUUACUCCCGCUGCCCCCACUGCCUGCCUCCGCUGCAGCCUGCCUCCUCCUGCCACCUUCCCGCGCCACCUGCCUCCGCUGUCUGCCACCGCUUCCUGCCACUGCCGCCUGACACCGCUGCCGGUUGCCCGCCACGGCCCGCUGCCGCUUCCUUACCACCGCCGCCUGCUGCCGCUUACCACUGCCCGCCACCGCAGUCCGCCACCAACGCAUGCCUACUACUGCCGCCUCCCAACAGUUGCAAUUCCCGCCUUCCUAACACUGCUGCCUGCGGCCACCACCUGUCCCCGCCAACCGCCUGCCACUGCUUCCUGCCACCACCGCCUGUUGCCAUCUGCGGCUACUGCCACCAGCCUCCGCUGCCUAACCUCGACGAUGCCCGCUUGGCCCCACCGCCAGCCGCUGCCACCUGCCGCCGCUGCUGUCUGCUGCCCUCACUGCCUGCCCCCGCUGCGGCCCGCAUCCCCCUGACACCUGCCCCUGCCGCCGCUUUCUGCCACUGCUUACGGCCGGCUGCGACUGUUAGCCGCCGCUUCCUGCCUGGCCCCUGCUGCCUGCAGCCCGCCACGGCCUGCAGCACCGCCGCCUACCCCCGCCUACUGCCACUUACCACUACCCGCCACGGCAGCCCCCCGCCAGCACAUGCCUACCGCUGCCGCCUACCUAACGCUGCUGCCUGGACCUGCGCCUGCCGCCGCUUACCACUGCCUGCCCCCCCGGGGCCUGCCGGCCGCCACUACCUGACCCCACCACUGCCCGCCGCCACUUCCUGCCGCCACUGCCUGUUGCCACCUGCGGCUACUGCGUACCCCCAGUGCUGCAGCAUGCCUGCAACUGUCUGCCAGCUGCCUGCCGCAGCCUGCCUGCCCCCGCCCACUGCCGCCGCCGCCGCCUGCUACCUCCUUCCACCGCCCGCGGCCCUGGCCUGCCUGCCGCCGCCGCCUGCCUGCCUGCCGCUUCUUACCCAAGCCCGCCACCGCUUCCUGCCGCCGCCUAGCGUCCGCUGCUACCCAACGCUGAAGCCGACUGAUGCCAGCACUACUCCUGACGCCGCGAACGCCGCGGACGCCGCUAACGCCGGGGACGCCGCCGCCCACUGCAGGCGAGGACGCCACCCGCUGGUGCUGUCACCACUGCCACCUCUGCUGCUGCCCGCUGCCACCUGUCACCGACUUCCACCACCUGCCUGCCGCUGCCUGCCACCGCCUCCUGCCACCGCAUGCCUGCUGCCGCCACCAGUCAGUACUACCACUGCCGCCCCCUGCUGCCACUUACCUCUGCCUGCCGCCGCCACCUGCCUUCUGCAACCCACCGCCCUUGCCUGCGCCCGCCGCCUGCUGCCCGCCGCAUCCGUGGCCGCCUGCCUGCCACCGCCGUCUGCUGCCGCAGCCUGGUUCCACCGGGCCCAGCUACCUAACCCCGAGAAUGCAUGCCAAAGCUGCCUGCCUAACCCCACCGCUGACAGCACCGCCGGCCUAACGCUGCCACCUGCCAAUCGCCACAGCUGCCGCCUGCCUAAUGCUGAUCCGCUGCUUACUGCAGCCUGCACCUGCUACCUCUUACCUACCGCCACUGCCUACCGCUGGCGCCUGCAGCCCACUGCCCCCACUGCCUGCCUCCGCUGCAGCCUGCCUCCUCCUGCCACCUUCCCGCGCCACCUGCCUCUGCUGUCUGUCACCGCUUCCUGCCACUGCCUCCUGACACCGCUGCCGCUGCUUCCUGUUGCCGCCUGCCUGCCGCUUGCCGGGGCUUGCCUGCCUGCCGCCCCAGCUGCCUGCGUCCCACCGCUUCCUGCCGCCGACGCCUGCUACCUCCUCGCACCGCCCGCCUCCCUUGCUUGUGGCUGCCUGACUGCCAGCCACUGCUUACCACAGCCUGCCCGCGCUGCUGCCUGCUGCCACUGUCGCCUGCCCUGCCGCCUGCCUUCACUUCCUGCCGCCGCUUCCUGUCACCACCUGCCGCCGCCGCUGCCCCCUGCCCCGCCGCUUGCCUUCGCUUCCUGCCGCCGCUUCCUGUCACCGCCUUUCGCCGCCAAUGCCCCCUGCCCCGCCGCCUGCCUUCGCUUCCUGCCGCCGCUUCCUGUCACCACCUGCCGGCCCGCUGCCACUGCCGCCUGCCUUCGCUUCCUGCCGACGCUUCCUGCCACCUCCUGCUGCCAAGCCAUACCGCCACAGCCCCCAGCUACCGCCACUGACACCCGCUGCCCAUCGCAGAUGCUGCUGCUGACCGCCGACGCGGCUGGCCCACGCUGCCGCUCUCUGCCGCCUGCUGCUUGCUGGCGCUGGCUGCCCAGCGCUGACCCUGCCCGUACCACCACCGGGCCGCUGCCCCCGCCAGCUGCUGCCAGUUACCGCUGCCUACCGCCCCAGCCACCUGCCCGCCACCGCUUCCUUCCACUGCCGCCUGCCACCCUUGCCUGCAUCCCCUUGCCUCCGCCUGCCUGCCCGCACCCCCUGCUGCCAUUUACCGCUCUCUACCGCCGCCACCUGCAGCCCGCCACCUGCCACCUCCUCUGCUGCCACCAGCCUCCGCUGCCUAAACUCGACGGUGCCUGCCAACGCUGCCAACCUACCGCCGCCAACUGCUGCCGCUGCUCCCUGCAGCCCGCUUGCCUCCGCUGCCUGCGGCCACUACCGCCUGCUUCCCACACUGCCUGCCCCCACUGUGGCCCGCCUCCCCCUGCCACCUGCCCCCACCUGCCGCCGCUUUCUGCCACCGCUUAUGACUGGCUGCGAUUAUCAGCCGCCGCUUCCUGCCUGGGCCCUGGGGCCUGCAGCCCGCCACGGCCUGCUGCUUCUUACCUACCACCGCCGCCUACCACCGCCUGCUGCCACUUACCAUUACCCGCCACGCCAGCCCACGGCCACCACACGCCUAUCGCUGCCGCCUACCUAACGCUGCUGCCUGGCCCUGCCACCUGCCGCCGCUUCCUCCUGCCGCUUACCACUGCCUGCCCCCGUCUGCCACCUCUUGCCGCUGCCGCCCCCUGCCUGCCCCUAGCCGGGGCCUGCCCGCCGCCACUACCUGCCCCCACCACCUGCCCGCCGCCGCUGCCUGUCGCCACUGCCUGUUGCCACCUGCGGCUACUGCGUACCCCCAGUGCUGCAGCCUGUCUGCAACUGUCUGCCACCUGCCUGCCGCAGCCUGCCCGCCCCCGCCCCCUGCCGCCACCGCCGCCUGCUACCUCUUGUCGCCGCGGCCCCCUGCCUGCCUCUGGCCGUGGCCUGCAAGCCGCCGGCACCUGCCCCCACCACCUGCCCGCCGCCGCUUCCUGCCGCCACCACCUGUUGCCACCUGCAGCUACUGCGUACCCCCAGUGCUGCAGCCUGCCUGCAACUGCCUGCCACCUGCCUGCCGCAGCCUGCCUGCCCCCGCCCCCUGCCGCCGUCGCCGUCUGCUACCUCCUUCCACCACCCGCCGCCCUUGCCUGCUUGCCGUUGCUUACCACAGCCUGCCACCGCUUCCUGCCGCCGCCUGCAAUCGCCUACCCACUACUGCUGCCGCCGCUGCCGCCACUGACGCCGCCGCGUAACCCGCAGAUGCCCGCGGCGCUUCCGGCGCCCCUCCCCACGCUGACUCACGCUGCCGCCGCUGACCCGCCUGCUGCUGACCCCGCCCCUAUCGCGGCGCCUGCCUCCCCCGUCGGUGACUCCGGCUGA